AUGGGAAAACGAGCUGUGUAUGGAAUUCAAUUCUCUGAUCGUACACAUUACGGAGAUCUGAUUGCACAGAAGCAGCUAUUAUUAAAACAUUACGAAAAAACAAAACUAGACACGACAAAUCUUCUACUUGAAAUUGCAGAAUUGUACAUUGAACGAUGCGAUGAUUUGGAUGAUAAACUUUCAGAAGAUGAAAUUGAACGUGACUUGAACGAAUAUCUUCAGAAAGCAAUCAGAAUAUGCAAUAAUGUUUAUCGAAAGAAGGGCCAUGAAGAUAUGAUAUUGGCAAGGCAAGACACAGCACGACAAACUGAAUUAUAA